UCCUCCUCAGGCCGCCCUGACCAGACAGGUAGGUUUGGGCCGGUCACCUGAUCCUUCCUCCUGCUGAACACUGAGGGGCAAAGGCACCUAGAUCUGCUGCAUCACACCUGGAACAGUCUCUCACAGAUGAUGUCUGGGGGUCCAACUGACCAGCAGUUCUCGAAGGAGGCCGAAGCAGGCUGGACCCAGGGAGACCCAGGUGCCGAGAUGCCGAACUCCACUCCGUCCUCUGCUUCCCAGAGCGUCCUCUACCCACGGCCUUACGAUGACCACUCCGAUUCGCGGAAGUACUUUGCCACCAGGCCAGGAGCAUUUGACCAAGCCAUGGAUGACCUGAAGGCCCACGUUGUUACCAACAUGGGAGAAACGGCCCACAGCUUUUGGCUAUUGACUGAGAUCGACCACUGGAACAAUGAGAAGGAGCGUGUCCUGGUGAUCACCGAUUCCGCCCUCCUCAUCUGCAAAUACGACUUCAUCAUGUUGAAGUGCCUCCAGCUGCAAAGGGUCCCCCUCAGCUACAUCGACCGGGUUUCCUUGGGUCCCUUCACUUUUCCGGAGAGGUCAUUGGACAAGAGGGAAGGCGAAGGCCUCCGCAUCUUCUGGGACAAAGUGCGGGAGCCGAAAUUCCUCUCUCGUUGGAACCCCUGGUCCACCGAUGUCCCUUUUGCGACCUUCAUUGAGCAUCCGGUGAAGAACAGCAGCCAGAGGUUCAGCGCCAUUUGCCAGCUCUCCGCAUUCACAUCUCAGCUGGUCCCAGCGGUCCAAAAUGCCCAGCGGAAGGAUCCGGUGCCCGGCCGAACCACAGGCAUUGAAGUGGUGGACGAACCCAUCUUCAUUGACACCUUAACGGGGCUGAUGUCGUUCUUUGGGAACCGGAACAAACUGGGUUAUUCCCUCGCUCGGGGCAGCUUCGGUUUCUGAAGUGCAAAAAAGUCGGGAUUUUUUCCUCUUCUUAUUGAACAAUGUUUGCUUUUUCAUGUGUCUCUUGCAAAGUUGCAAGGUUGGGGUUCAGAGGUCUUUUGAAUACCUGGUCUUGGGGUGCAUCUACACAGUAGGAUUAAUGCAGUUUGGGUUCACCAGAACUGCCGUGGCUCCAUAAUACAGAAUUAUGAGAAUUGCAGUCACAAGGUCUUCAGUCUUCUAUACCAAAGUGUGCAUAUGCCUCACCAAACUAUAAUUCCCAGGAUUGCAUAAUAAUGAGCUACGUUAGUUAAAGUGGUGUUAAGAACUACAUUAGGGGGUUGAAUGAAAAGUAAUGCCUCCACCUUCGUUGCUUGGGUUUGGAUGGGAAUAUUUUAAUAAAUCAAACGCAGAAAUAAACCUUAGAAUUAUUCAAGUACCACUAUUCACUUUUCUAAAUAAUCACCAGACAAUUGGAUACAUUUCUGCCAACAAUGGACAAGUUUUCUGAAGCCGUCACAGAAGAAGUCGGCACUCUGUUUCUGCAACCAGCGUCCCACAGUUCUCUCAAUGUCUUCAUCAGAAGCAUCAUGAUGUCCCCGCAGAUCUUUUUUCAUUAUCAGAUGGAAGUCAGUAACACCUGGGGUGUCGAGAAUUCAAUGACUGCACACUGCUUAAGUCGCAUUGACUGACCAUCUGUGCAGGGUUCCAUACUUGCACUUUAACAACACAACCAUUUAAUGCUAAGGCUUCCCGCCAAAAUGGAACUGUAGAGGAGAGUCUACUGAACAAGCCAGUACCUGCGGCAUACCAGUACUGCCAUCCGUUGAGGAGUUACGAAGGCGGAGGCAUUACUUUUCAUUCAACCCUCAUAGUUCUGUAGUAUGGAUGCAUCCAUAGGAGCCACCAGAAGAAGUGACAGGAUGGGCAGCAAAUCCAUUCUGGGUCUUAGUCUGAACAUUAGUAGUGCUGAAUCUUAAGGGCCACUGCAGAAUUAAUUCGGCUUCAUAUCAAUUUAAUUAACUGGGAGUUGUAGUUUUGCAAGAGCGUUAGUUUUAUACCUUGGCAUUGAGCCAUAGCAAUUGAUGUGCUGCCAAAUUGAAUUAAUUCAACAGUGUGGUUGAGAAAAUAAGCUAGAAGAAGCACACCAUUGCUUUCUAUUGUCUUGCCUUUGUUGAUUGUGGUUUGCAAAAGUGAAUAAAUUUAU